AUGGCCCGAGCCCGCGCGCUGCUCAUCGUCCUCGCGGCUGCCGUCGUGCUCCUGGCCGCACGCCCGGUGGCGGCCACUGGGGGAGUAGCUGGGGUGGCGGAGGUCUGCAAGAACACCCCUUUCCCCGAUCUGUGCACCAGGACGGCGGGGAAGCACGCCAAGAAGUACAAGGUCGUGGACGCGGUGACGGUGCUAGAGAUGCAGGUGGACGCGUUCAAGAAGCGCGUCAAGGCGGCGCGGAAGCUCGCGAAGCAGGAGGUCAAGACGGCUCCGACGCCCUUGGUGCGAAGGGCACUGAACCUCUGCAAAAGCUACUACCUGGAUGCCGGGGACAAUCUCGGCGCCUGCAAGCGCGCCAUCGGCUUCAGGGACGCCGUCACCAUCCGCGCCACAAUGAGCAUGGCGGCACAGGACAUGCAGAAUUGCGAUGAGGAGUUCAGGAAGGCCGGCUCCCAGAACCCCAUGGAGGACCACAACAGGUCGCUCAUCGAGAUGUCCGAGAUCUGCCGCACGCUCUCCAACAUGGUCCCUUAUGAACAUUCCCAUUGA